AUGGACGCAAGUGUUUUAGUCGAAAAUUUCACACGAGAGGAGGUGAAGGCGGCUGUUUGGGAAUGCGGCUCGGAUAAAGCACCAGGUCCUGAUGGGAUCACCUUCGCUGUGUUCAAAAAAUUCUGGAAGGAACUUGAAGAAAAUAUAAUGGAGAUGAUGUUACAGUUUCAUACCCAUGGGUCCAUUCAGAAGUCCUGUAGUGCAUCUUUCAUUUAUUUGAUCCCAAAGGCUAUAAGAACCGAGUUCCUACAUUCCUGUCCCGACACCCUCACAACACAUUUCGAAACAACCACUCCCUCAUUGACUUACCACCAUUCGCAUACCACGUGCACAACCGGAGUUCGCCGGAGAAAGCUAGUCGUUGUCCGGAGUUACGUUGGGCUCGAGUCGGAGAAAUCUAAUCGCCGUUGGAGUCUGAAGACGUUCGCCGGAGAUUGGAGCCCACCGGAGAUAUCACCGGAGCAAACGAUAUUUAUCGGAGGAGACAAUCGAAAACCCGCAAGCUUUGUUCGGGUAAUCGCUCUCGUUUGUUCUUUUGGAAUUAUCAAUCUUACUCAUGCGUUACUACAAGAAAACGCAACGCAACCAAUUUUUGAAUGGAGUAAGAUCGCUAUGGCAAAAGUAAAUUUGUUUGUUCGGAGAGCGGCGAAAGAAAAGAGUCCCGACAAUGGCGGCGUUAAAGAAGAGGGAAGUGCUUGGUGGACCGGAUCUGUGCAAAGUAUGUGGGCUGGGGCCGGAAACAGCGAACCAUAUAGUGCUGGAUGAAACUUCCCACCCGAGACCACAACGAGAGCAUGAAGGUAAGAUUCCAAGAGAAAACGAACUGGCCAAGGAGAAAGGAAAAAUGAUAUAUGCUAUUCACUUAUUAGCUGCAUGGAGCCUUUGGAAGCAUAGAAAUAGUACAACUUUUAACGACAAACUCACGGAACCAUCUAGGCUUGUGGAAGAAAUUAAAGAAGAAUCCUUUGAGUGGGUUACCCUAAGAUCGAAGCGAUCCGGGAUAUCAUGGAAUGAAUGGUUGAAUUUUUGCCCGAGGGAGUAAUUUUCAUAAGAAUUGUGUAAUAUUACUAGUCUUGAUGAUCCUUGAUGCAUGUUUGAAGUUGUCCUUGAUUGUUUCUUGAGUGUGUUGGGUGGCGAUAUUUAGCAUCUUGCUAUAUGCCGUUUUUAACCUUUUGACACGGUGGAAUAAAAGUUGGAUUGUUAUUGU